CUGGGAUUUCUCACAGUGAUGGAACAGCUGAUAGAGAGGGCGAUGAGCAACUUUUGAGAGUUAUAUUAUUUGAAGAUGUCAGCGAGUACCUAUUCUCUAUAAGUUCAGAGGAAGCUCGUUUAUCUCUUGUGUUCCAAUUCAUUGAUUUCUAUGGUGGGAGGAUAUCUAAGUGGACUUGCACAAACAGUUCAAGUUGGUCCGCAAAAACUCUAAGCUUAGAGUCACUGCCAGAUUCUAUAUUAGAUCAUUUGAGAAGGGUCCAUGAUGUUAUAAGUAAAACAGAAAGGAGUCCAAGUAAUUUUAGUUUUGAGUUCCUUUUGGGCAGCUCAAAUGACAUCUCUAUGAGGACUGACAUGAUGAAAUUUCUCUGCAAUGCUACCCUACUUUGUUUGACUGCAUUCCCACGUAACUACAUUUUAGAAGAAGCAGUUCUUGUUGCUGAAGAGCUAUGGAAUACAAAAAUGAAUUCUUGUAGCUGUUCAGUCACCCCUUGUCGUGCUUUAGCAAAGCGCCUCGUGAAAAGUAAUCGUCAGGAUGUAUUGUUGUGCGGAGUUUAUGCACGAAGAGAGGCUGCCUAUGGGAAUAUUGAUCAUGCGAGAAAGGUGUUCGACAUGGCCUUGGCAUCCAUUGAAGGGCUUCCAUCGGUAAGAUCUCUUUGUUUCUUUUAUCACACUUCUCCCAACAUUUUUUUUUAUCAACAAAAUUUUAUUAAUAAAGAAACAAAGUAUAAGAUUAGGAGAACAAGUCCUCCAAAAAGGAAAAAGAAGAAGAGAAAGGAGAAAUGUCACACACUGCUCUCCAUUAUCUAUGAAUCAAAGUAAAGGAAUCUCCUUACUUCUCCCAACAUGUUGAGCAUUGCGUGUGAUACAAAGUGAAUUGGACCUUAUUGCGAUAGUUAAUUAAUUAAUUCAUUAGUGUAUUGCAUGAAACUUGAUUUAUGAGAUCACACUUCUAUUAGCUUGUGUCCAAGGCUAUGGUUUAUAGAGUAUGGAUAAACCUCUUUUUAUCCACCAAUAUUCUUGUUUCUUCUCAUCUUUCCAUUAUAUGCAGCCAUGACUUCUUUUGGUCUCCUUGGACUCUUUUCUCCUGGUGCUUAAAAUUGCAUCCACUUGUCAAAUUUUCCGUAGGUAAAGAAAAUUGAAAGUAUGUGGGUGAAAUGGUGGAAAAUAAUGAAGUGCAAAAAGAAGAAGAUAUGAAAAUGAA